AUGGGUUUAAAGCGGCCGGGUCGACGGGAAUUGGAUCCGGUUCGGGUAGGGGUUGCAACCGACCCUAUAGUGUCGAGCCCGCCGGCGCCGGUGGAGAAAGAUGGCCGUGGAGGAGGGAAGUUGGCUGCUUGGACUAGUAUAAGGCAAGAAAGAUGGGAGGGUGAGCUCGAAGUGCAAGGAGAGGUUCCACUUUGGUUGAACGGCACUUACCUAAGAAACGCAUUCUGCGCAUCGCGGUCGUUUACGGAGACGGAGUUUCCUCCCCUGUUGCCGGAUUUAGUACGGAAUGGGUACGACGUGAGGAUGGAGGCCGGGAGCAAUGAGAGGAGGUUUUGUGGGCCGGGUUGGACUGGCCGGGUGGCCAGGCCCGUUGGGUGCCACUCGUUCGCCGUGACGGACAACUACGUGGGUGGUGCAGGAGAUGUGCUUGAAGUUUUAUUCUCUAUAUUUAAGGUGGCUAGUGUGGAGGUGCCAAAUUUUGUCACCUUCCAUUUCAUCAACGCAUACGAGGAGAUUAUAUAAUGACGGGCUUCUAACUUUAUCGGAGUUCUAUUUGGGCUAUGAUAUUGUAGAGUGGGGCGCUUUAGGAUUCCAUUGGAUGGAAGCCCAAAAGGAGAGUUGUAUGCGGCCUUGGACCCCAAUGAGCACGGAAAGGGAAUGGAUAUGUGUAGCUUUAAUCCGGCCCAUCUUGGAAAGAAGUAUAGAUAUGCUUAUGCUUGUGGCGCCCAAAGGCCUUGUAACUUCCCUAAUACACUCACUAAGAUUGAUUUGGUGGAGAAGAAAGCUAAGAAUUGGUAUGAUGAGGGCUCCAUUCCUUCUGAGCCUUUCUUUGUGGCUAGACCAGGGGCCACUGAAGAAGACGAUGGUGUAGUUAUAUCCAUGAUCAGUGACAAAAAUGGAGAAGGUUAUGCUCUAGUGCUUGAUGGCUCUAGCUUUGAAGAGAUUGCUAGGGCAAAAUUUCCAUAUGGACUUCCAUACGGAUUACAUGGAUGCUGGGUUCCCAAAUCAAUUUAA